GCCGACGAGACGUAUAUCCUUUAGACCGCUGGAGGUAGAUACAGUGUCCUGGAGUAGCACCACUUGCGACAGAAUGUGGUCUGCGAAACCGGAGAAACACAUCGAGUGCUCGCCACGAAGGGCAGAGCAUAGCGGAAUGGCGCCUAUCCACGUACGCAUGUUCGCAUCUCCGUACGGUUCAGAAACAAUACGUGUGAUGAUGAGAUGUGUCGAGGAAAGAACAAAACGUGUUGGUAAACCCAAGAGAACGUCGCAGUGGUCUAUGUUCAACUGGCCGAGGUCUGGAGGGGUCUGUAUCGAUGAGUUCGACUGGUUGAAGCUAAGGACAACAAAGCUGCUGUCCGCAUGACGAUUAUGCCAUGACACCAGUAAACUGGAGGGUCCUAUCGUCAUUUGGACUAGCGGCGAGUACGUAUGGGUGUACGAAUGGUGAUAUAUCUCUGAGAGUGUGAUGCCUUGUGAGGUCUCA